CACAGUUUACCGUACUUUCCUCCACUCGACGAACAGCUAACAAAGAGGAAAGUUAACUGCUGAGGAGAUAUUUGGCAUAAGGAAACUGAGCAUGGCAGCUGCAGAAACAGCCCCAAGAAAAAUUUAUCAGCAAAGGUCUAAGCUAACCUCACUGCCUUUAUACUAUGAGGGCUUUCUGACGAUCAAGCGAGGUAGAAGUAAGGAAGACAAGUACUGGACUGAGCUGCGAGGAGCAAAACUAUUUCUUUACAUUGACAAGAAGCAAGAAAAGUUUACCGAAAGCAUAGACCUGCAGUAUUUGUCAUCGCUAACAGACAAAUCUAACCAGAAACAAUGUACAGAGGUUUUACUGCACUUUCCGAAUGAGGAAGUGUACAUAAAGGCUGAAACAACGGAAGAUGCUGAAGAGUGGAAAGGUUUCAUUUUGACCGUGUCUCAGAAAUCAGUUCCAACUUCUUUGACUUUGUUACCUGGACAAAUAGUUCAGCUAAAAGAGGUCCUAGAAAAGGAGUCUUUAAGGAGAGUUUCAGAAUCUUAUGAAGAUGUAGAGGAUGUAAAUGAGAUGCCUGACUGCUUUUACACAGUAUCUCGCCAACAAGCUACUGAGAUGCUCAUGGAGGAUGAAAAUUAUGGCAAUUUAAUUCUCAGGCCUGGUGCAGAUUGCAAGAACUAUGCUGUAUCAAUUCGAGACAUCGUGGACAAAAGGAAGAUACCUCGGGUUAAACACUACAAGAUACUGAAGACGGACAGUAGCUUCAUCAUCGAACUAGACAGGCCUGUCAUACAGAACAGCCUUCAUGACGUUGUAAAUUACUUUAUUAAUGAAACUAAAGGAAAACUGAGGCCAUUUAUUUCCAAUAUAUACGACACAAAAAUUGAUUACAGUGUAAAAGAGACUGAAAAUGUAAGUGACAUGCAGAAGAAAUCACAGUCCAAAAUAAAGCAUCUAGUGCAUCAAUUUUCCCAAGAAAAACCUCUACCAAUGCUACGUGCAAAGGAAAAUUCCUACGUAAAUGUAUUUCCAAGAUGAAUGUAUGACAGCACAAAACAUGCAAGACAAAUGUCCAUAAGAACACAUCACAUGGAACAAGAUUUUGGAUGAAACCGAAUUGAAAGAAAUGACUGAACCAUUUUUGUACAGUGUAGCUAAAGUAAAGGAAACUAUAACAUGUCAACAAUUUUUUAUUUUUUUUGUGUACCAAACAUUGGCGAAAAAAAUUAUUACUGACUGGA